AUGUUUAUGUUCGAGCCCGGUUACAAGGAUUUCGACCCGACCAAGGAGGAGAAGCGCGACCGCCCCCCUUACAUACCCACCCCCGACGACGACCCCGACUACCACAACAGAAAGGUGGGGCGCCCGAAGCCCCCCGCAGAGGAUGACGAGCUCGCUGCGUUCGAGGCGUGCUCGCGCAAGAUCCUCGACGAGUUCGGGGAGGUUCACCAUAACCUAGGUUUAAACCAGAAGGGUAACCGGGGUUUGUGCGCGGUGGGGCCAAUCAAGAACGGGGAGAUCAUCUUCGGCAUCCCCGAGUGCAUCUGCUACACCGCCGCAGGCGCGCUCAAGGACGAGCGCAUCGGGCCGUUCAUCGACGCGCACACCGCACCUUCGAAACCCAAACGCGAUACCGACGGCAAUAACGACGGUGGCGAGAAGGGCAAGGUCAAGGGCAAGGUCAAGGGCGAGGCCGCGUCCAUUCUCCGCAUGCCCCGAGGGGACGUGGCUCUCGCCAUGAGGGUGACCUUCGAUGCGCUGCACAUGCGAUCCACGAUCCAGUACAGCACGUGGGCGCCGUACCACUGGCUCCUGGACCGAGAAGACUUCGAUGAAUCUCCGACGUGGUGGGACGACGCGACGCGAGAGAAGCUGCUGAAGGGGUCGCACGUCCUCGAGUUGGCGCGCAAAGCCGCCGAGGACUUUGAGCACGACUGGAACGUCGUCAAGGAUGAGCUGGCCGACAUGGCGGUCGAGGCUAAGCUCUAUCCAUUGAUCCCGACGGACUUUCUCCGCGAGACGUUUCGCAGGGCGGUCGCGGCGAUACACAGCCGAUCUUUCAACGCCACAGUUCCCGGCCAGGAGACGUCCGACGCCGCCGAGGAGAGCGAGCACACGAUCCUGGUCCCGGUCCUGGACUGCGCGAACCACCACAGGAAACCCCGCGAGUGCCGCUGGGAGAUCGUCCCGAUAGAAAACUGGGCACGGCGCAGGCACUACAUAGGCAAGUGGUCCGUCGUCGUCGGCGCCCUCAGGGACUUUGACGAGGGCGACCCGAUUCGAAUCGCGUACGGCGCGAGGAGCAACUCCGAGCUCCUGGUCAGGUACGGUUUCACCGUCCCGGACAACGCCGAACCCGACGGGAGCUCCAACGACGUCGUGCCGCUUCACAUCCCGGGCGUCCCCGGCGGCGCCGUCGCGCAGCUUCGCGUCGCGAGCAGGCCGGGGUACACCUACCCGCCCCUCGCGUCGGCUCUCGACGCGAUCAAGCGAAAACGGCUCGGCGUCGAGGAACCGAGCCCGGGCGAAAAUACCCGGGUUCGCACCGACGACGACAUCGUCGGCGAGUUGGACGAGCUCGACGAUUGGUACGGCGGGAACGCGGGCGGCGGGGACGGGGACGACGAGGACGACGAGGCGAUGUACGCGGAGAUGUACGGCGGCGGGGACGGGGACGACGGGGACGACGGGGACGACGAGGCGAUGUACGCGGAGGGGACCAAGGCGAAGCGAGCGAGAGCCGGCGAGAAGGAGGACGCCGUCGACGUGGUGGACGACAUGCGACGCAUGGACGACCCUUACGGCGGCGUGAGGUCCCUCACGGCGGACGACGUCGACGAGGAGGAUGACGACGAUGAGGGCGCGGGCGGCGAAGCGCGAGGGUCCCUCGACGUCGAGGUUGCCGCGCUCCGGGAUCUCGUCGCCAUCCUCCGCGAGCGGAGGGACGCAAUCCCCGAGGAGCUCACGAGGCACGACGGCGACGACGACGCCGACCGGAGAGCCGCGGCGGCCGCCACGCAGAUGCUCAGCGAGCGCCUGACGCUGUCCUUCUACCUGGACGCGACGGAGCGCGCGCUCGCCAUCGCGGCCGGGGUGGUGAACGGCUCGCACGAGACGUUGCGAGAGGCGGUGAGAGCGGCGGAGCUGGGGGGCGAAGGCGGCGGGGACGCGCCACCGGCGGGGACGGAGGGCGCGGACGCGAUGGCGUGGAGGUGCGGGAGGUCGCACGUCGACACCCUGGUCCGCGCGUACUUCCGGAUCAGGCACGGCGUCGCGUGA